AUGAAAAAUAAUACUACAUUGGCCUCGUAUAGCUUGAAGUGUAGUCGUUAUUUAAAACAGGAUCAUAUUAAGAGUCUGUUUGAUAAAAAGUUCGCCUUAAGAAUCAUAAAAUUUCAAACGGAGAAAUUGAAAAAAUUCAACAGAACACAAGGACACAGAAAUACAACUUUAAUAACAUCACAAUGUAACGAUGAAUAUUAUGAUGAAUUAGUGUCAGGCUCAAAAUCACACGAAACUUUGGAAGAGAGGGAGGAUAGGGAAGAUCAAGAAAAUGGCGAAAUUGAUGAAGAUGAAGAAGCUGAAUUUCCAUCUGAUCUGACUUUUGACCAUCAUCCUCAACGGACUGCAGAUUAUUUUCUUCUUCACGAUGACUUCUCUGAAGAAAUAGAUGAACAAAGUAAUGACGAUGAUUGGAUUAUUGGGAAUUUUAAUGUGUCUGACAUAUCUAGUCUUUCAGACAUCAGACUCCUAUCACUUAACGACAUAUAUAUUUUUGACGAAAGUAUUGAUGAAUCUGUUACAAAAUAUUUUGGUGUAGGAUUACAUAAAGUGGUAAUGUCCGAUAUUAGCUUUAACUGUUACCGCCCUCACAGGCCAAAUAAAUCUCAUGUUUGGUGUCUAGAAAUUGCUGAAAAUCCUCCUGAUGAUUUAAUGUCAGCGUUAAAAUUGUGUACUGAUUUUUUAAUUCAAGCGACUAAGCAAGACAAUGAGGUCGAUUUACAUAUGGCUCAUACUUUGACGCAGCUAUUAUCUGUUUUUGUUGCUAGUUCUCAUGAUAGUUCGGUCGAAGACUCAUAUGUACACCAUUAUUUAGCACCUAUACUCCAGUCAGUUUAUAGAACGGAUAAGAAAUUUAAUGUUCGAUGGGCCAAUGGUGCCUUAAAUGAAGAUUCUAUAUUUAAGCCUGACUUUCAGGUCUCUAGCCGUAUUAUUAACAUAAGAUGUAUCGUAAUUGUGACAGAAUUUAAACCCAAGUCUCAUAAUUCAGCCGUAGAAUCUGGCUUGAUUAAAUUAGGAAAACAAAUGAAACUCAUGUAUAAUAAUUUAAUAGAGAAAUGUUGUAUGGUUAAGAAGACAAAACUGAAUCGUGAGACACAGGCACAAAAAAGAGUACCUAAACCUACAGUAUACGGGCUGAUAAGUCAAGGUAAAAAUUUAAACACAUAUGUAAUGGAUAUGUCAUCUCCUUACACAUAUCGAAUGGUGAAGCUAUCAAAGACUACUUUAUGUAGAAACAUCGAAGAAUUACAUUUAUUACCUGCCUUCAUUUCCAAGCUUAUUCAAGUUAAAUCAACUGUAACACGUUCUUUAAUAUGA